CUCCGCAGUCCGCACCCACACUCUAGUUUGAACGUUGCGCCGCUCCCCCUUUCAUACGCCCAGCCUCAAACAGGGCUGGCGCAGCCCUUGCAACUAGCCGUUGCGCCGCCCCUCUUCCCUCUUCAACCCCGCAGAACGGCUCCCAAAGGCUCCCCCCAAUCAUCGGAUUUCUACCCCGCGCCUCCCUCCCUCUCUCUCCGAGUUGCCGUCCAUCGCUCGGUACGCCCCCCCAAUCGUCGCCAUGAUUGACGGACAGCCCAUGGAGGUGGAGGCGCCCGUCCUCGCGCCCCAACAGGCCGUCUCGCCCCCAGCGGCCACGCUGUCCAAGAAGACGCUGGCAUCGACCCCAAAGUCCAGGGCCGCGAGGAGGAAGACGCUCUGCGACAUCACCAACCUGAGCAAGCGCGAGCCGGCCGACGUGCCGGUGCCGGACGAGUCAGCGUGCCCGGCGCCCGCGAGCGCGGGCGGUGUUGUGGAGUUUGCGCAGCUAGUAAAGAAGAACGAGGAACUCGUGAGGCUCCUCGCGGAGAGAGACAAGAUCAUACAGUUGAGCGGGGUAGAGAUUCAGAAGCUGCGACAUGCCAACUGGGAACUUGCCCGGACCAAUUCCCAUAUGUUGGCGGAGGUUAACCUUGGGAAAAACAGGUUGUUAGCGCUGCAGCAUGAGCUUGCGUGCUCAAGAGCCAGCCUUAAAGCUAAAACAUAUGAACUGGAGGAUGUAAAGAAGACGAUGCAGCGGCGCAACGCACCUGUGCAAAGGACGCAGUAUCUGGGUCCUGACAGAGCUGCGCAGACCAAGGAUGGAGAUGUGGUCGAUUCAGAGCCCGCUUCGGACGCAUCGCGUGCGAUGAGCAUCCAGAAGUCCGGGAACGCCAGCAGGAAACGGGUGCUGAGAUCUCGAUCUCUAGGACCUACGACAUCGGUGAAACUGGCGCUUCCCAAGGAUAAGGAUAGGGAUGCCUCUCAGAGACGGAAGUCCAUGAGAAUACCUCAGCCAAGUAACCGCACAGAGGACUUGUUCGAGAUAGAGGACGUCCAGCUCGCCAUCAGCAGCUGCAAGAUCGAUCCAGAGAGUGCUUCUGGCAGUGAGAAGCCUGGGCAUCAGUUCUUGCGCAGAUCGUCUCUUGGAAGGCCGCUGCGGCAGGCCAAGGGACGAGUCACCUCCUACAAGGAGAUGCCUCUCCACGUUAAGCUCAGGAGGCCCUAGAGAGUGGUAGGUUUUUAGGCUUUGAGUUGCAACGAUUCUUUUGAUGUCUUCUGCAGCUGCUGGAUUGCAGAUACUGUGUAGUCUCCCGUGUGAAAAUCUGGGUGUGCUGGCUUAUCGGCGUUGGUACUGAAGGUUGCUGAGAUAAUUUAUCUUGUUUAUCCAGUUUGUGAUUUUGGUUAUUUUCAAAUGCAUAAUCGAGGGCAGAAGCUGUAUUCCUUCA